AUGCGUAUUCAACCCAUCUGGGUCGCCACUUUGGCAACGUGUGUAUUUGCUAAAUUGCAUGUCGGUCCUGUGCAUACGGUUGCAAUUGAACAACCUCAACCAGAAACCGAGUCUCAUUUGGACACCCGUGAUGCCCCCAAUAAUUUGGACUAUCGCUGUGGCCCCAAGAUCGGCAAAUGUCCGGUCGGUACAUGCUGCUCCGGUGCAGGUUUCUGCGGCACGUCGAAGGCGCACUGUCGCUCUCCAGACUGCAAGCUUGACUACGGUAAAUGUGACGCUCACCGAUCGCCUUCUGGACCCCCAACCAAGGAAAUCCCCCGUCCUCACGUCGGUCAAGUUCCGUACGGCCCUCGCGAGAUCCGUUCAUGCGCUAUCCCCGGAACUGUUGCAUUGACCUUCGACGAUGGCCCGACACGUUACACUGGCGAUCUGCUCGAUUUGCUUGACAAAUACGAUGCGAAGGCGACAUUCUUCAUCACUGGGAUCAACAACGGAAAGGGCUCUAUCGAUGACCUCACCUUGCCAUGGGCUUCAUUGAUCGAACGCAUGCACUCGAGUGGCCACCAGAUCGCCAGUCAUACAUGGUCGCAUGAGGACCUCAGCAAGAUCACUCCUUCGCAACGCAAUGAGCAAAUUGAAAAGAAUGAAGCUGCGCUGCGCAACAUUCUCGGAUCUUUCCCCACUUACAUGCGGCCGCCUUAUUCCAGCUGCAGUCCUGACACAGAGUGCGGAAAUGAGCUGGGCGAGCUUGGGUACCACAUCAUUUUGUAUGACAUUGACACGGAUGACUAUAAAAACGACAGUCCAGAUCUGAUUCAGCGGUCUAAGGAUAUCUUUGAUCACCAGCUUUUGAACAGCGACCCACGCACCAAAUCAUGGCUUGUCAUUGCGCAUGACGCCCAUGAACAGACCGUCCACAACCUCACAGAGCACAUGCUCAAGGGCAUCAAGCGGCAAGGCUAUCGUGCCAUUACCGUUGGGGACUGUCUCCGUGAUCCCAGGCCACUCUGGUACCGCAAGGAUAGCCGGAUGCCCACUCAGAAGAAGAAGCCCAAGAAGACAGCUUCGGCAGAUCCCAACAAGCCGAUCUCUUGGGAUGGCUCCUGUGGUUCCAACUACACUUGCCUUGGAUCUACCUAUGGCUUUUGCUGUGGUAGUAAUAGCUCUUGCGGCAACACCACCAGUCAUUGUGGAAGCGGCUGUCAAAAGGAUGCCGGAUAUUGUUCCGUUGAGGCUCCUUACAAUGGCGAUGCCUGGGACCCGAAAGUCCAGACCAAGGGUCACAAGUCGGAAGCUGAUUCUGAUUUCCGAACCAUUGGCACCGCGGCUGCAACAUCGUUGUUCCUUGCUUUGAUCGUUGCGAUGUGGAUGUGA